AGAAUCCUUGAAACAAGGAGAGAAGACAAUGGCAAAAGGUGCAUCUCACCUUGACCCUUCAAAAACAUGAGGGGGCCAGCACUGAGAUCUUCACGUCUCUUCGCAUGAAAGGUUGUGUUCCCAAGACCUUAAAAUAAGGCAUCUGAGCUGCCGUUUCCAUCCACACCAUUAAAAUAAUAGCAAGCCAUAGAAGUUUGUUGCCCAGAGGCAUCAAAGCUGUCAGCUUAUAUAUAUUGAGGCAGAGCAAAUAGGAGAUAUAGAUAAGCUACAAGGGGAGCUUGGGCCGCUUCAGAGUGUGGAUAUGGGUAGAGACCGCCAUCAAAGGCGCCAUGGAGUUGAUAAAGAUGAUGAAGAGCUCUUUGAUUCUGACUCUUUCUUAAGCAACUCGGACGACGAUGAUGAUUCAGAAGAUGAUGAUGCUUCCGCUCCCACUUCUGCACCAGCAAACAUGAAUUCAGAUGGAGCUCUAUCUGAGUUAUCUGCGCUCAUGGAGCAUUUACCUAUCAAGAGAGGGUUGUCCAGAUACUAUCAAGGGAAAUCGCAAUCCUACACAUCACUCUCUGCUGUCAGCAGCAUAGAGGAUCUGCCCAAGAAAGAGAGUCCUUACAAGAGAAAGAUGAUGAAGGCAUGCAAGAGCUACGCAGGAGGACUGGAUGCGAGCCAGAGGUCUCCCCAUACUCCUGGACCUUGUAGCAAGACCUCAUCGAAGAAGGCACCCAGAGUAGCUUCUUGUGCGUCUUUGAUGUCAAAGAGUAGCAGCAGUAGCGUUUUCUGUAGCAGCAAACCACCUCCCAUUCGUGUACAGAAAAAUCAAUGCUCACAUUGAUCAUCUGUUUACUCGCCAAGUCUUCUUUCAGAUGUAGCGUUUAGAUAGGGAAAUUGGAAUUACAUUACCUGCGAUUUUGUAGCUCGUUGCAUUUAUCUUCUCCGUUCAAGGUGUAAAAUCUGGGGUUUUAUUUGAGAGAUGCUGAGCAGGGGUUUUCCAAGCUAUCCCGAA